AUGAAUACACUUAAAGUUGAGUGGCCUUUGAAAACUAAAGACGGUGAUGUAAUAACAAUAGAACAAAUACCGAUUGAACUAAGGAACAAAAUAUCAAAGUUAAACCGACAGGAUUUGUUCCCACCAAAAUUUGGCGUUGAGGAGAUUGAGAAGCCGGAAUUCAAUUCCGACGGAAGCUUCAAGGAGAAGAGGUGGAUGAAUUGCUUUUUAUGUUUUAGAAGAGUUUUGGGGCUAUGUUAUAAAGAUUCUAAAACUGUAUUCAAUGGAACCGAGCUUUCCCAGCUUGCACAGUUGAUCUGGCACGGAGCUUCCAUUGAAGAAAGAAAAGUAUAUUCAGACAUCUCUCAAGAACUAAAGAAAAAAACCUAUAUGCAAAAUCCAAAUUUUGUGUUCCGAAAAACCCCGAGGCCUACUGAAGAUUAUAUUAAUUAUGGACCUGAAACCUUUGAAAAAAAAGGUAAAAGAAAACAUGAUGAUGAUGAAUAUGGCCAAAGAAACAAGAAACGCAUAAACAAAAAAGACAUUGGAUCCUCAGAUGUUGUAGUCCUCGGUACAUCUGGAAAUGAGGAAUCUAUCUUCACUUCCAGUACAGAUUUUGUUCCUUCAAAUACAGAUCCAAUUACAGCUAAUAUGGAUACCAUUAACUCCAGUACGAAUUCCGUUUCAGAUCUAGAUUCUGUUGUUUCAAAUUUAGAUUCCGUUAUCAUGGAUUCGAACCUGGAUUGGUUUCCGUAUAAUGGUCAAGACUUCACUGAUAACUUUACUAGUGGUGGGUCAUAUAUACAAAACAACGUAUCGGAUACUGAUUCCACUGCUGAUAAAGUGUUGUGGGUACAAAGUUAUGCACCUACCGUUGAUCCUGGAAUAAAUAUGCCACUUGGAUUUUCCGAAAGCAUGAUUUUUUCAAAUGAAAUAAUGUGGGAUGAAAAUUUUGAACAAACUUACGAUAUUUCAGAAAAUUUUAAUGACGGACACUUAUUAUUUUUCUAA